UGCGGAGUGAUGUACUUCCAGUGCGAUAACGGCCGGUGUAUCUUUGACGUGCCCGGAGUCAUCUCCUGGCUGUGUGACGGUUUUGACGACUGCGGGGACGGAAGUGACGAGGCGAACUGCGGAAAUGUCGUCACCAGACCACCCUGUCAGCCCGGACUGUGGCAGUGCGAUAACGGAGGCUGUAUCCCGGAGGAGCGGCGCUGUGACGGGCUGUACGACUGUCAUGACUUCAGCGACGAGAACAACUGUCCAACAAAUUAGGAGGAAGAAUCACAGCGACCUCGCCGGACGAACCGACUUCACACCAGGCGAGGGAACG